AUGAGUUCUUCUGGUAGUGGAAAAGAUCCUAAAAGAGAGGUUAAUAUGGAAGAAGAACUUAGGGAAGCCAGAGGAGAUGCUGAAACAGAAGUUGGAGAUGACGACAUAGAGUAUUGUCAAGCACCAACGAGGCCAAUUUCUCCGGAGACCGAAAUUAUAACCAUUGAAUGUUGGGAUGAUAAUCAGAAUAAUGAGAAUAUUGAGCGUGAGGGAAACCAUCAAAAUAACCAAAACUACGAAGAGCAGGAUGAGGAUAUUCAAAAAGACGAUAUCAUGAACGAGGUACGCUGGUUCCUGAGAUGGCUGUUCUGCUGUGGCUUGAUGAUGGUGGUCUUUCGGGAAGCCAGCUCCCUUCUGGACUAG